AUGUGUCGUCUUGACUAUUCACCAUUAGGACGUAAAUUAGAAAAUGUCGAUGGUGGUUUUAAGGCUUAUUGCGGUUUUAUUCAAAUGGAAGCUAAUCAUCGACAUCCAGUCAUGUUAGCAUUUACAAGUAUUGUUUUAACUCAUAUCAAAAUAAAACAAGGAUGUUCGCCAUUAUCAACUGAGAAGUCUUCGUCAAUAAAAGUGAGACAAUGUAAUGUGUCAUCAAGAGCUAUUCGAAAAUGGCAUUUAACUGUACUAUUAAUUCGUAAUCCUUCGUUGAUCUUUCAGAGAAAAUAUGUUUUGGGCAGGAUACCACUAAAACUGGCACACAUUACGAAUAAUUUUUCAUUCGGACAUUCUUAUGAUGACAGUUUUGACGCCAGACGUAAUACGAUCCUGCGUAAUAAAUACGUCAACAAUCUUUCUACUCCAUCGAAUCAAUCAGAAAUAAUCUCGACGCUUUUUUGA